CUUAUAAACAGUAUAGACCUUUUGAAGUACAUGUAUCAUGUUUUGACUAAAAAUACAACAGUAACAGAUCACAACCGCAACCUGCUGGUAGAGACUAUUCGUUCUAUAACAGAGAUCCUUAUAUGGGGGGAUCAGAAUGACAGCUCAGUAUUUGACUUUUUCUUGGAGAAGAAUAUGUUUGUUUUCUUCUUGAACAUCUUGCGUCAGAAGUCUGGUCGUUAUGUGUGUGUACAGCUUCUGCAGACUCUGAACAUCCUUUUUGAGAACAUCAGUCAUGAAACAUCACUGUACUACCUGCUGUCUAAUAACUAUGUAAAUUCUAUUAUUGUCCACAAAUUUGACUUUUCUGAUGAGGAGAUCAUGGCAUAUUACAUAUCAUUUUUGAAAACUCUUUCUCUGAAGCUCAACAAUCAUACUGUACAUUUCUUUUAUAAUGAGCACACUAACGACUUCGCUUUGUACACUGAAGCUAUUAAAUUUUUUAACCACCCAGAAAGCAUGGUCAGGAUUGCUGUUAGGACUAUAACUUUAAAUGUCUACAAAGUGUCAUUGGACAACCAACCUAUGCUGCAUUACAUUAGAGAUAAAACUGCUGUCCCUUAUUUCUCCAAUCUCGUUUGGUUUAUUGGAAGCCACGUGAUCGAACUGGAUAACUGUGUGCAGACUGAUGAAGAGCACAGAAAUAGAGGCAAACUGAGUGAUCUGGUGGCAGAACACCUUGAUCAUUUACAUUACCUUAAUGAUAUCCUUAUCAUUAAUUGUGAAUUUUUAAAUGAUGUGCUGACAGACCACCUACUUAAUAGGCUCUUUCUUCCCCUCUACGUGUAUUCAUUAGUAAAUCAAGAUAAGGGUGGAGAGCGUCCAAAAAUAAGUUUCCAAGUUUCUCUCUAUCUUCUUUCUCAAGUUUUUCUAAUUAUACAUUACGCCCCCUUGGUGAACUCAUUGGCUGAGGUUAUACUUAAUGGUGACCUUUCGGUGUUUUCUUCUAAAGUCGAGCAAGAUAUACAGAAAAACUCAGCAAAGUCAAGUAUCAGAUGUUUCAUAAAACCAACAGAAACACUUGAGAGGUCUCUUGAAAUUAAUAAACAGAAAGGGAAGAAGAGGUUGCAGAAAAGACCCAACUAUAAAAAUGUUGGUGAAGAAGAUGAAGAGGAGAGAGGAUCUGAAGAUAACCAAGAUGACCUAGAUAAAAGUAAAGGUACAGAAGCAAGUUCAAAGGGCCUCAGAACAAGCAGUGAAAAUGAAGAAAUAGAGAUGGUAAUCAUGGAGAGAUGUAAACUGUCAGAAUUGUCUAUCUCUGCUGUGACAGAACAGAAUACAACAGAUGAAGAAAAGAGUGCAGCUGCCUCUGGGAGUGAGAUAACAAACUUGAACAGGCCUUUUCUUGAUAUGGUCUAUAAUGCACUAGACUGUGCUGACGAUGAUUACUAUGCCCUCUUCGUGCUCUGUCUUCUAUAUGCAAUGUCACAUAACAAAGGAAUUGACCCAGUCAAACUGGAGAGAAUUCAACUUCCAGCUCAACAUGCCGAAGAGAGAAAUUCAUAUAAUCAUGUACUUGCAGAAAGGCUCAUCAGGAUAAUGAAUUAUGCUGCACAGCCAGAUGGAAAAAUCCGUUUGGCAACUUUAGAACUUGGCUGCCUGUUGCUGAAGCAGCUUGUGUUUUCUAAAAAUGGCAGCAUCAUAAAAGAUGUUCACCUUGCUUGCCUUGAGGGUGCAAGGGAAGAAAGUGUUCAUCUCCUCCGUCGUUUCUAUAAGGGAGAAGAAAUUUUUCUGGAUAUGUUUGAAGAUGAAUACCGGAGUAUGACAAUUAAACCCAUGAAUGUAGAGUACUUGAUGAUGGAUGCGUCAAUCUUGUUGCCUCCAACGGGGACACCACUGACUGGUAUUGAUUUUGUGAAAAGAUUGCCUUGUGGAGAUGUGGAAAGAACACGAAGAGCAAUCAGAGUUUUCUUUAUGCUCCGUUCACUGUCACUGCACUUGAGAGAUGAGCCAGAAACUCAGUUACCACUCACAAGGGAGGAAGAUUUGAUAAAGACAGAUGAUGUUCUUGACUUGAAUAACAGUGAUCUAAUUGCUUGUACAGUCAUAACAAAGGAUGGGGGUCAAGUUCAAAGAUUCCUGGCUGUGGAUAUUUACCAGAUGAGUUUGGUCGAGCCAGAUGUUGCCAGACUUGGAUGGGGAGUAGUUAAGUUUGCAGGCCUUUUGCAGGAUAUGCAGGUGACGGGAGUAGAGGAUGACAGUAGAGCUCUGAACAUAAUAAUUCAUAAGCCUGCCUCAAGUCCUCAUUCUAAGCCCUUCCCCAUCCUUCAAGCUACAUUUAUUUUUUCUGAUCACAUUCGCUGCAUUAUUGCAAAACAACGUCUUGCAAAAGGCCGUAUCCAAGCUCGGCGUAUGAAAAUGCAGAGAAUAGCAGCUCUCCUGGAUCUUCCUGUUCAGCCUUCAACUGAAGUUGUUAUGGGUUUUGGACACAGCUCUGCAGCUACAGCUCAACACCUUCCGUUUAGAUUUUAUGACCAGUCCCGACGUGGUAGCAGCGAUCCUACAGUACAACGCUCUGUUUUUGCAUCUGUUGACAAAGUUCCAGGCUUUGCUGUAGCCCAGUGUAUAAAUCAGCACAAUCCAUCACCACUCUCAUCACCGUCACCUUCCAGUGGGAGCACAGGGCGCUGUGAUUCAGUGACUGCCAGCUCAACAUCCACUCCUUCUGCUACACAGAGCCCAUCAGAUGAUGCUUCAGCUCCAGAGCAGCCUCAGAUGUCCAUUUCUGGUCAGAUGAUCGUUUCUGGUCAGACAAUGUUGACUGAUGAAACUCUUUCAGCUGUCUCAAAGUCUAGCAAGAAUGCUGUAAAAAACAGUGACAUAGAAACAGCAAACCUGUCUCCUAGCCUGAUUCCUGCACAGCAGCCAACAAUAUCGUUAAUAACAGACGAUAAUACGGAUGCGCUAAGUGUCGAGUCACUUACGCUGGUGCCACCAGUUGAUCCACACAGCAUUCGAACUUUCAGCUGCAUUUCUCAGUCCUCUUUGCAAUCUGAAGUUGAAGUUUGCAAGGUAAAAGAGGUAGAGGAAGAAUGUCUGACUAAAGCCAGCCUGCAGACUGUGAUAAACAGUGAAGCAAAUGCAACCAAAUUCUUCGUUGUUUUUUCUUUGGGAGUGCAGAUACUUCUUGAAGCUUGA